AGAAAGUCAUCUGUCUAACGACUUUUAAAGAUUUGAGUGGUCCCCAUUCUAGGAAAACUUUGGCUGCAUAAAGCUCUCUUUUGAAGCUUCUACAUUGAUGACAUAACAGCUGUUAUGAUGAGAUGUCUGGAUUAAUGUGACUAUUAUCCAAUGUACUGAGUGUUUUAAUCUUAAUUUUCUCUUAAGCCGUGUUUUAUUGAGGACAUCAAGAAUAGCGGUCGGACCUACGGCCGAAUUUCUCCCUCUGGCAACUUCACUAUGACUAAUAACGAAACUCUGUGACAUUAGUAUUGUUCUCUAGGAAUCUCUCCAAUGUAAUGAGCUACAAUGAAGUGACUGUUUUUGUCCUGUGGAUAUUUGGAAGGCUGUUUCUGCAAGCGAAGAAUACUGCCGUUUAUUGAUUAUUUUUGAUAAACUUGCUAUGCAUGCAAGUUUUAUUUGAUUCCAAGUAUUAGUUUUUACAUUGUAGAAUAGUUAUCAAGUGUCAGUGAUACUGCAGCGUCAAGAUAUAUGAAAUAAACAGGCUUUGUAAUUUUAACAUCUAUAGGGCGGCCAUUUUGAAUAAAAUUAUUAACCCGUAACGCGCAUCAACCAUUAAUUAUCCGAGUGUUUCCAAUCCCUGUACACGGGUGUUUCAACUGGACAUUUAGUUUAUAAAUAGAAUAGUUGCGGUAGGUACAACAUUGGUCAGUGAGGUGUGACCAUUAAUCAUCACAAAAGAGAAGAGUAUUGCUAAGGACAUUACUCCAAAGUACUAGCUGCUAUGACAGUACUACAUUCCAUAGACCUAGAUAAGGUCUCCUAGGACACCCCUAGCUCAUGUGCGCAUAUAUAAUAUCUACUGUGAAUAACUGCGCAUUGAGCUAAAGCAGCUGCCUAAAAUAAACUCAUUUCAGCUGAUGGUUUUGAGUGGACUUCCUGGCUUUAGGAAAGUUUUUUCAAUUGAAGCUCUGGUUUUGCUAAAACAAAUAGACUCCGCUUUGACCCUGUAGCUCCACCACAAGACAGUAAAAAAUCAAUUUAGAAGGUUGUUAUGCACAGUGUCACCAUGGCAACCAUAAAAUUUCAAAAUUUCUCUGCGCAAACUAAAUGUCCAAGAAUAAUUCAUUUGAAACACCCGUGUGUAUACUGUAUCUAUGAUCACAGUAGGACACUCUCUUCUAUUAUCUACUCUUGCUAUCAGUCUAUCACAACUUUCACAAGACAAUGUCUUCGUUAUCGUUAGUAGUCUGGCCCCACCAGACUACUUCGUUAGAGACCCAGUGUUGGGCUGCUUUUAGAGAUGGCAAACAUGAUGAAGCUGUUUCAUUACUACCAUUAGUGACGGAACCAAAUAAAAUCAAAAGAACUUAUGGCCUAAUAUGGAAGAACACUAGUCUACUUCAUUUGUCUUUAAGGCAUGGCUGGUUAGAAGUUACAAAAGAUCUCAUCACUAAAUAUCACUGUGAUCCACAUGAAUGUGAUGAUGGAGCUCAGGCUUGUCUUUAUUGGGCUGCAGAAGGUAAUCAUGUUGAUACAAUGAGAUAUCUCAUUGAUGUGUGUCACUGUGAUCCAAUGGCUACUAACAACAAGGGCGAAACUGUUCUUCACUGUGCCAUUGAUCACAUUGAUAUUGUAAAGUAUCUCAUCAAUGAGAAACACUGUGAUUCAAUGACUGUUAACGAUGAGGGGCAGACACCUCUUCACAUUGCUGCUUAUUACAGUAAUUCUGCAGUUCUUGAAUAUUUACUAUCAACUGGUAAAUGUGAUCCAUUGGCUAAAGACUACAAGGGAAGAACACCAUUACAACUAGCUAAACACAACUGGUUUAGUGAGGUGGCUCACAGUUCAAAACUCAUGCAGUACAGUACUCUUCCUAUCUUUAACAAGUUUGGUGAU